AUGAUAAAAUCAUUUCGAAAACAUAGAAAACUGUCAGAAGCAGUUUCGCCAAAACGUUCUAUUCGAGUAGCAGGUACUCAUCCAUCAGAUGGUGAUGCAAUAUUACAAUCCCCUAAAAAAGUAAUCAAAGCAUUAUAUGAUUAUACACCCCAAGGUCCAGGAGAAUUAGGAUUCAAAAAAGGGGAUUUCUUCCAUGUUUUAAAUGAAGCCGAUGAUGAAGAUCAUAGAGAAGCCCUUGAGAAUGGUUGGUAUGAAGCCACUAAUCCCGCUACUCAGGCCAAAGGAAUGGUUCCUAUAAGUUAUUUCGAAGUUUUUGGAAGACUGAGACCAAUAAUAAACACUCCUGUAAGUCCAACAAAGAGUCAACGUAGUAAUAGUCAUGCUAGUAGUACUGCUAAUAGUAGUGUUCGGCCUUCAUUUUCUACUAGUGGAGGUGGUACUGGAGCAGGAAUAGGUACAGGUCCAGGACUGCGAAAUUCAAGUCAAACUUUAUAUGCUGUUACAUUAUAUGAAUUCAACGCUGAACGAGAAGAUGAAUUGGAUAUUAGUCCAGGAGAGAAUUUGAUAAUUUGUGCCCAUCAUGAAUAUGAAUGGUUUAUUGCAAAGCCUAUUAAUCGAUUAGGUGGCCCCGGAUUAGUUCCAGUAUCAUAUGUUCGAAUUAUAGAUUUAUUAAACCCAAACAGUGCAACCCCAAAUACUAUUGAUACAACUAAUCAUGAUGAUGUAGUCCGGGCAAUUAAUUCAUUCAAAAUACCCACUGUUGAACAAUGGAAGGAUCAAACUGCCAAAUAUCAAGCAUCUACAAUUCCGUUGGGUUCCAUAUCUGGAAAUCAACCAUUGGUAUCUUCACAGAAUUCACAAUAUUUCGAUGGGAAUAACGCAAAUAGGAAUACAUAUGGAUCAAUGGGUUCUUCGGUCAGUUCGACCCAAUCAGCAGUGGUGGAAGCAAGUGUUGAUUCAUAUCAAUUGGAUAAUGGUCGUUAUCAAUAUUUGAUAACUGCAAGAUUAGCAAAUGGGAAAAUUAGAUAUUUAUAUCGUUAUUAUCAAGAUUUUUAUGAUUUACAAGUUCGAUUACUUGAAUUAUUCCCAUUUGAAGCUGGGAAAAUCGAGAAUUCAAAAAGAAUUAUCCCAUCUAUUCCAGGUCCAUUGAUUAAUGUGAAUGAUUCAAUAUCGAAAUUAAGACGAGAGAAAUUGGAUUAUUAUUUACGUAAUUUAAUUGCAUUACCUGCUCAUAUUUCAAGAUCUGAAGAAGUAUUAAGAUUAUUUGAAGUGUUGGAUAAUGGAUUUGAUAAAGAGAUUGAAUCGCUAAACAACAACAAUAAUAAUAACAAUAAUCGAGUUCUGAAACCUAUAAGUCAAAAGUCCACAUCUCAUAAUGAUAGAUUAUCACAAUAUUCAAAUUUAAAUCCAUAUCCUCGAGUAUCUGAUCCAACCAGUAAUUCAGCUGAAUCAGGAUUAUUAAACCGAGGAUCAAAUGAAAGUUCAACCACAAAUAUGACCGCUCAUGACCAACUUGAAACAACUACAGCAGCAAAACAAUCAAAGAUAAAAGUUAAAUUUUAUUAUGAAGAUGAUAUUUUUGUAUUGCUAUUACCGACAAUGUUAAGAUUACAAGAUUUAAAAACUAAAUUACAUAAGAGAUUAGAAUUGGAUGAUGUUCAACAACAUAGCUUUGAUGAACCUAAACAACCUGAAGCUAUUCGAUUAUAUUUAAAGAAUGAUUAUGAUGAUUUUGCGGUUGAGAAUAAUAUAAGUGAUUAUAAAUUUAGUGAUGUUCAAAAGAUGAAAUUAGCAGAAUUUGAAGUUGAUAAUGAUGAGAAAUUUCAUAGAAUAUUAUAUGAGAAGUGCAAGAUGGUUAUAUUAGUUGAUUAG